AUGCCAAAGCGCAACGAUGAAAAAUUUGUUUUUGAUGACGGAGAAGACGAAGACAGGGAAGAUCCAGUGGCCAUUAGAGAUGGCUCCGAUGAAGACGAAGACGAUGAAGAGGCUAAUGAAGAUCUUAGCUUGAAGAUAUUAGAGAAAGCUUUAUCGAGGCGUGAUUCAAAGGAGACAAGUAUGUCGGAUCUCUGCGGCUCUGGUGUAGUAAGUACUGUGAUGGUCAAUGGAGGAACUUUUAAGAAGAUGACGAGAAACAAUCUAGAAGAUACCCACCAAAAUGUCAGAAAGUUUGAUGCUUGUGGUUUGAUGCUCUUCGAUUUUUUUCCUAAAUUGUAUCAGUCCAUUACUCUAAAAGACCAAGAAGAAGAUAACAUGGUGGAAGAAUUAAUAACAAAAGGGGAAGAGGAUGUUGAUGAUGAGGUUGAGAGAUCUGCUGAACCAAAACCUGGAGAAACAUCUAGCAAUAUGGUUUUGAAAAAGCUUCUUCGUGGCGCUAGGUACUUUGACCCUCCUGAUGCUGGUUGGGUGAGUUGCUAUAGUUGUGGGGAGCAAGGUCAUAUAACUGUCAAUUGUCCAACUCCCACAAAGCGUAGGAAGCCUUGCUUUAUAUGCGGGAGUUUGGAACAUGGUGCAAAGCAGUGUACAAAGGGACACGAUUGUUAUAUUUGCAAAAAAGGUGGCCACCGGGCGAAAGAUUGUCCGGAUAAGUACAAGAGCGGGUCUAAAAGAGCCGUAUGUUUAAGAUGUGGAGAUUUUGGACAUGACAUGAUUUUGUGCAAGUAUGAGUACUCUAAGGAUGAUUUGAAGGAUAUACAAUGCUAUGUCUGUAAAAGCUUCGGCCAUCUCUGCUGUGUCGAACCGGGUAACACACCAUCAUGGGCUGUCUCUUGCUACAGAUGUGGCCAACUUGGUCACAUUGGACUGGUUUCUAAGAGGAGCCGCGAGCCAUCUACACCGUCAAGCAAGCCCCACAAGAAAAUUAAAGAAAACCCGGAAGAUGUUUCUACUCCCCUUGAAUCCAACGGGAAGACAAAGAAGAAGAAGAAGAAGAAGAAGAAUAAAGAAAACUCGGAACUCAAUUCUACCCCACAUGAAUCCAACGGGAUGACAAAGACGAAGAAGAAGAAGAAAGAAAACUCUGAACCCAAUUCUACUCCCCAUGAAUCCAACGGGAAGACGAAGAAGAAGAAAAGUCAUAAAGGAGAACAGUCCCAGACUACACCACAUAUAUCAAAUCACAGAGGCGGUUGGAUGAGAGAAGAUCUGGAAGAAGAAGAUUCUUUCCAAAGAGGGAAGAUAAGGAGGCCAAGAUCUCCCAUUACACCAUCAGGUCACAACCACCAUAGGUCUCCCAUUACACCAUCAGGUCAUAACCACCAUAGGUCUCCCAUCAAACCAUUGGGUCGCUACAACCUU